UUUAGUUAUAAGACAUCAAGUCAUUAUCACUGAUAAGUCCUCAGUCUGUAAUGAAAAUGAUGGUGGUGUUCCUUGUGCAUAUUAUAUUUCAGGUGAACUCCUUGUUUUGGCUUAUCUUCAGUGGCAUUCACAAUUUAACAUUUACACAGCCAUUCUGUGGAAAUGUUGCGUAUUUCAAAUAUGUAUUGAGAAAUUGCUUUGUUCUGCUCCAGGGCUGGGUUUUUUAAAACACAUGAAAGUGUUUCUACAAAUCAGGAAAGUACCCUUAAAUAUUUUCCUCACAUUUUAAGUGUUUACCUCUUGAAGAAAACACACACCCCCAACAUUCAAGUUAAAGUUCAUUAAAUUUCUAUUCAUAUGCAAAUUCAUAUUAUAUUACAUGCUAUUUGUAUUUCCUAUAGGUAACAAGAUGAAUCUCAAGUUACAUGCCCUAUAAAUUAGACAAUUUAACGAGUCUUUCUUAUUUCAGAUUGGAGCUGCUAGGACUCUACACUGGAGAGUAAAACAGUCUGUUUUACUCUUGGCUUUAAAUAAUGCUGUCUCCACGGUUGUUCCACAAAAUCUUUGGAGUGGCUUUUUUGCUGUUCCCAUGCUGUGCUCAAGGUAAACCAGCAGGAAGUUUUCCACUCUCCAGUUUUGCACAGUUGCCUGAAGAUGGGAUAGAUCAAGGAUUUAUACCAGGUUUCCUACCGAUGGUUGAUAAUGAAGUGGAAGACAUUAUCCGUCAAUUAGAACAUCAGAUUUCCAGACUCGAAGGAGUCCUCCACUUGGAAAAGAUGAUAACAGAAUCUGGAGGAAAAAUAUUUGCUACCAAUGGGAAAAGAGCUGAUUUCCAUGCUACAAUGAAAAAAUGCAAAGAGGCUGGAGGGUCUAUUGCCACUCCAAGGAACCCAGGCGAGAAUGAUGCCAUUUUGUACUUUGUGAAAAGUUUUAACACCUAUGCCUACCUGGGGAUGAAAGAAUCUCUAAUUCCAAGCAAAUUCCUGUUCCUGGAUGGUACAGAGCUGACCUAUACUAACUGGUAUUUACAUGAACCUUCUGGCAAAGGGGAAGAGGAAUGUGUGGAGAUGUACACUGAUGGCACUUGGAAUGACAGAAAGUGCAACCAGAAUCACCUUAUUGUCUGUCAGUUUUAGUGCUUCCCCUUGCUGCUGUCUAGCAGGCUCCCUGGAAUACGCUUGCCUAUCCCUUUCCUCUUCAUUUGCAGCUAGUGAAAUCAGAAAAUGCAGCAUGAAAAAGAAAAGUCACUCUUUCCUAGCCUGAUCUGUCUUUUAAAAAAUGUCAACCAUAAAGAGGAAAUUACUUAUCAUGAAAGCAGUGGCCAUUUUGUCUGUUCUGGUAGUCAUUGCCCACUGAGUUCCUUCAUACUCCUACCUGCAGGCUCCUGCUUAUUACAAGAGCAAAAAGCAGAUUUCUUGGGCACAUACCUGAAGUAACUUACAGCCACAAGAACUUUCAGCACCCCUUUACCCACAAGCCUCUAAGUUGUGUGUAUUUUGAUCCCUUUCUCUAAGUUUAGCUCACCAAACCUAUCUGUACUGACACUUCUAUUACCCCUGCUGUUGCUCAGCCUGCAUUUUUUUGGCCAUCUUCACCCAUAACGGGUCCCCUGAAAGAAGAAAUCUUCACCCAUAACGGGUCCCCUGAAAGAAGAAAUAAGCAGUGCUGCUAGGGUUACACAGAGCUAUGAGCACAAAAGGGAGUCUCACCCACCUUACAUUUCCUAUAGGAAAGCUUUAGAGUCAGCAGGUCCUUAACCUUCAUAUACCUGAAAAUUGGUGGCCAGAAGCCACCUGUCCUGAGCCCCUCAGCAACUCCUGACUCAAAGUGGUAGCACAAGAACGCCAUGUGGGAUGUGUGUGAAAGAAAACACAGGAGCCAACAGGAGUUACAGUGCCCGUGGGGUUUAGGAAGAUCAGUAGAGCCAUGACAAGGCCAAUUUUGUUAGGCUAGAUAGUAGAGGGAUUCGGAUACAGCUGAUUUUUGGGCACCACAGGCUUCUUGGCAAACCCUCGUUGGUAUUGCCAUAGGGCUGAGCUUGGUGGAUGCCUAUAUUUCUGAAGCAGCCUAUAUUCUGCGCUCAUUGCAGAAGCUGCUCAGAGUCUGCACCCUCCAGCUCAAGCUAAAGGAUUGAGACAAAGCUCUCUGAACAACUUUCUUACUGGAGUCCAGUCACCUGCUGAAGUUGAGUAUUCACAAGGUUAGAUUCACAAAUGUGCAGUGCAACACAUGCAUCCAGAAAUGCCUAUUAUUCUUUUUCCUUACUCUGGGGCCAUUGACUUCAACAUAGCUUAGGCAAUGAAGGCUCUGCAUAAGCUCCUUGACAUGGUAGAAAAGCUGGUUGAGGAUCUGGGCAUGCCUCCAUAUACAUAAACCCAAACGCCUGGCUAUUAGUCACACUCAUUUGUCCUUUGUUAGUUCCAGCUUGGUUGUGGAGAGCUGAGCAAGGAAGUACCCGGCUCCAGGGCCAGACCAGCUCCUCUCAGCCUCUGUGUGACAGGGAGAUGGAACAGUCAAAGUAUGAAGGUAACUGGGGAGCAAAGGCGAGCUCACAGCUGGUGUGAACGCAGGGGCCACCAAAGGGACCGCUUGGAGCCUUGUAGCUGUGCACGUUGCUGUAAUUCCAGAGCAGCAACUGGCCAUGCACAACAUUGCUGCAGUGGCUUAAAUUUAAUUACUCAAAUAUUUUGAGUGCAUGUUCUCACCACCUGCUCUGUGACAUGGCAUGAAUCUUUCUGGCCUCUGUUCAGCCCUCUGCUUGAUGUCAUGGCCUGUGAAUCAUUCUUGCUGUUACUCUCUGCAAACUAGGCGAUUUAUCUUACAGGUGUCUACUUAGGAUGAUUAAUGCAGCAGGGCUAACGUCAAACCAAGACACCUUUCUGCUUGAACAGUUUGGUGCCUGCAGGUGAUCUACCUCCGCAGGUUACUUAAUUAUUCACUCCAGAAAUAUUCAAAUCCUUCAUCACAAUAGAAUCACAGAAUGGUUUGGGCUGGAAAGGACCUUAAAGAUCAUCUAGUUCCAACCCCCUUACCAUGGGCAGAGGCACCUUCCACUAGACCAGGCUGCUUAAAGCCCCAUCCAACCUGGCCUUGAUAAUAACACAUACUAAAUAGGACCAGUUUUCCCUGUUCCAGGAUCUGUAAAGUUAUCCCGACAUAUGCAAAGAGAAAGCUUUUGUGAGCAAAGUCCUCAGUUUAUCCAAUGCAUCUCUUUGCCAAGUAAGGAGAACUACAAGCUGUUAACUAAUGCCCUAUUUCUGGACAACAUAGCCAAAAUAUAAACUACUGAAUCCUAUAUCAGGUAGGGUCUAGGUAGACUGUUAUGUUAAACCCAUUGAAACAGAUAUGCAGAGGGGAAAUGGGAUCUCAGGAGUCCAUAGGCACUGUUCCACAUUCAAACUCUCUUCUUACUCUUACUUACAAAUGUUUUGCAGGUCACCAGUGUCUGCCUGCACCCAUGGGCUCACUCAGAGUCUUCCGCCUUGCGUGACUGCUGUUGUGAAACUAACUCUGCCAUGAGCACAAGGAAACAGGAACACAGGCAUCGCCUCAUAUAGUAGUUUUCCACUCAUCGUAUUCCAACAAAGUUUAGGAAGUUUACAAUGAUUAACAUCAGCCUAAGAAUGAAGUUGGACCCCCUCAAACAUUUAAAGACAUGCUGUGCCUUAUAAGACUGCCAUCAUUCACCCCGUAUUUACCAGUACUUGUGCAUGUACUGGACCACACAACUUGCUGACAAGCCAAACUGUGUGAUGUUCAAUUUCCAGCCAAUGGAGAGCAUCACUUCCAAAGAUUAUUCACUUCUCGGUAAAUAAGAUGAUUUACAAGGAAAGCCCAAGUGGUUUCCUGGCAAGAAGAGGACCAUCAUUUCUCACUACAAGUGACUGUCUCCUAAAGCAACUUGUGCAUGUGUGAACAGACAGCUAUUGUUUUGCUGAUCCUGAGCAAACUGUUGUCAAGGCAGAACGGCUUCAUCCUUUCUUUGGAAAAGCUUGUGCCACUUUAAGAACACCAAGUGGGAGGUUGAACACCACCUUCUCUAACACAGACGCCGGCUGCCUGACAGCAGAGGAUGGACGCCCAGACAAAGCGACUCCAUUUUACCUGCAAGACACCUUGAGGACUCUGAGCAGCUUCAGGCUCUUGAAAUGGAGGAAACCAUGUUGGAAACAAUCCUGGCCCCAUGGGAAAUACUGCUGGUCAUUUUUGCUGCAGUGCUGAUCAUGAGUUUUCUCAUGUUUCUGCCCCCCGCUGCGGUGGUUAUCUGGAGAAUGAAGCGUGUGCCACAGAUCUCGCUGCAUGGCUCGGUGUGAGCCAGCCCCGGUAAAAGUUGUAACACCACCCAUCCCUGUGAAGGAUGGUUCAGGAUGAUAACAUCUCUGAGGAUGACUGUUACUGUGUAGGAUCCAUCCAAAAAUGAUGGGUUUCCCAGUCUAUUGCUGAUAAGUUUAUGUGAAAAGAGAUUGUGUAUAAUUUUGUCUUCAUUUACUGCGGUUCUCAGCACUUUGCCUUCCAUUUUUUGGCUAUAUUGUAAUUACUGUUGUUGGCUUAGUUCCUAGACUGACUUCUUCUCUUGCAUUACAAUGGACUGAAAGGAAGACUGAAAGAGAAGCAAGCAUAAUGCAGCGUUGUAUUCCCUUAACUAACAUCAAGAAAGCCUGCCUUUCUAUAGUUACGCUGUAAGUAUUGCCAAGGCCUUCAGCUGAGGUGACUGACAGUUGUGCAGGUGGACAUACCGACAGCCAGCGGUGUGCUCUGGGGAGGCACUGGUUUACUCUGGUUGUACUGUCAAACCUAGAAAAACCCAACGGGGAAUUGUGCAAUAAAUAAGGAUCUUGUGCUGCUUUUGUCUGAUCUGAAAACUUACUGGCCUAAAAUAUUUUUCCUUUCUUUCCAUCUAUAUGAAUGUUCCUCUCCCUGCAAAUCCCGAGUGCCAGAACACAAAGCCCUCCCCAUCCUGGGGUUAGAGCAGGAGCAUGAGGGACAGCACAAUGCUCAGACAUGCCUGGCCAGACACCGAGUCGACAUUAAUAUGUACAGCAACUAUUUGCCUAAAUUAUGUUACGCAAAUUUACUCUGGGAAAUAUUGUGAUUAAGUUUCCUUUAGUUUUUAGCUGUGUUGUAUAGGCUUAUUGGUUUAACUUCCCUUUCUGAUAUAUAAAAAAUACAACAAAACUGCUUCUCUGCAAGUUUAUGAAAAAAAAUAUAAAAUCAAUCUCCAUCUUAAUAUCAAAUUCAUGCAACAUCAAAUUAAAGCUUUCCAGCCUGAUUCUUCCACCUUAUGGGACAAAGAUUAGCAGGAUUUCUGAUGCACAGAUUUAAUGGUUUCUGUUAGUUUAAAAGAGCAAUGGGUUUGAUUUCUUCAUAAAAUCCAAUAUUGGGUUUCUUUUCUUUUGUUGGUUGGUUUGGAAAGCCACUGGAAUAGCUUAAUAUAACUCAAAGAAAAAUGUUUUUUAGCACCAAUAGAAAAAUUAUAAUGGAAAGUGCUCAGUGCUUCAGAUAUUCUGUUUGAGCAUCAGCUCGUAAUAAAUUGGCUGGAAAUGAAAGACCCAAAGACGUUAUAAUUUAAUUUGAUAGAGAUUAUUUGUUUGGCAGAAAUAAACAAACCCACCAGUGAUUGAAGAAAAAUCUUGCUUUUCUUUAAGACUAGAGCACCUUUGUCUCCAACACAGUGACCUGAGUUACUGCCUCACGGUUGAUGAGCAGCUAAAGCAGCCAACUCAUGCCUUUGUUGGUGUAAUUGUCUGCUACACUCAUAGUCGUAUGACUGACUGGUUCUGGGCCCAAAAACAACCCAUGGUUUUUUUGCCUGUAAUGACUGGAUUCUGAGUCAGAAAAAUAAUGUGUAAUUUUCUGUAUCUGAAUCAUUUAACUGAUUAAUGAGGUAAAGGUCAAUUAGACAUAAUGUAUCGUGUAACUAUGCUGUCUGUGUCUGAGAGAUUCACAGGCAUAGGGAAAAAGUAAAGAAGAGAAAGGAAACACAAACAGAUGAUCUGGCUGUCUUCAGAUCUGCGGCAUCAGUGUUUGCUCAACAGAAGAAAAUUAAAACAAAACCCCAAGCAUGGAUUCCACUUAAAACCAAGCAAGCGGUAACUAAGCUUUUUGUUUAGAUUUCGUAACAAUUCACGUACAUGUCUGUUCUGUAGCUACAGCUCCACAAAUAAACUGUAUCUCUAGCACUUUGGCCUUUGGUCUUCACUUGCACCAAGUGCCAGGUGGCCAGUGGCCCGGGCUUUCUGCUCUUUACACUUCUUACUCUGUGCCUUUGGUUUUCCAGAGUACAUACGUGUGCAGGGGGGAUGUGAAAGAGGGAGAGCUCACAGAAGGAAGGGGAUUGGAGCAGGGACAAGUUUUUGUAUUUCAUGAGAAGAAUCAAUGACAAAAAAAUCACUUGGAUAUUAGUUCAUGUUUAAAGCUGUUACAAAAUCAGACGACAAAUUUUUGCUAACUCUAGAAACAGCCUGUUUAGACAGGUUUAGAACAGGUUUGGAAAUAGAAUGAAGAGGGGGGAAAAAAUGGGGAGGAUGAAGAGCCAGAAGCUGUGGAAAGCUUGGGCUAGGACCAGCAGCUGCCCUGGCAUUACUGUGCUGAGACCAGAACAUCUCAUCUGGUCAGCCCAGCGCCCAGCCCAAAGCCCUAGAGCUCUACCCUACAUGUGGCCUGUCCCAACUCUAUUAACAGCCAGACCUCCGUUACUUUUGUACUUUGCCCCAAAGUGAAGUCAUAGCUUGUGGUAGCCACAACCGCUGCCUAAGGGAGGCCCCGCAGGUGUGUGUGCCGCAUACACCCAGGGAGCACAAGGAUGUGUGAGCGCAGAAGAGCGCUUGCAGCCCUGCACCGCUGUUAGAGCGAAACAAGUGUCAAUAGGACUUUCUUUCCAGAACCACCGUGGCAUUGCCCCACAGGGAUGGAACAGAAGAGACUGAAGCUGAUCCCUGUCACGUGAACCAGAGAGCUUCUCAUCCAGGUCCCUCAACACUCACCUCCUUCACCUUUUUGGCAGAGAAGACGUGAUGCAAAUAUCUGCUAGUUUAGGGCAAUGCCAGUUCUCACAUUUUGUACUGGACCAAGAUGUCACAUUUCUCCUAUCAUUUUGCCUGGUUGCAGCAAGCAUACAAGGCGCUUUUUGACUCCUAAAGGCUGUAUCUUUCUGUGGGAUGUCCUCAAGGUGCUAAAUAUAGGCAAAC